AUGUCGUACGCGAACCCACCUCGCUCGUCCAGUUCGACGCGCGAACAUGGCGAACACUCGGACCCCCAAUACCGCGGUCGAGGUCACUUGGCCCAAUCAUCCACGUCGUCGAGCGUCGCCGCACCGGAAUACGAGCUGUCGGCGUACCCUCACCACACGUCACACGGCGUGUCGCUGAGGGACCAACCUUACUUGCCCCCGACGUCGACCAUGGGUAACCAGGGCGCCACGCACGAGAGUUCCCCCCUCGCGUCCAACGACCCCCUUUCGGCUAGGGAGACCCUCGUAGGGGAUAUGGGGAGGGCACAGGACGAGUUCCUCGCUCGCGACUACGCCAUGUACUCCACCGACAGGAGCGACUCCCGUUCUCCGAACCACCACGCCGCUGCCCACGCCUCGACCUCGCAAGCGCAGUACACCAAAGGAUCGACAACCCCCAUUCACCCAGGAGCUUCAGUGACGAUGCGAGCCGUCGAUUCGACCGUCUCGUCAACGCAAAGUGAUCGAGGAGAAGGUGAAAAAGCCGACAGGAGGUAUGGUUUGCCUUCGGAAAAGAUGAGCGGCUACCGUUCGCCGAGGAACCGAUCCCAGGAACGUUCGGCCGGUGGACCCAAUUCCGGUUUGGGUAAUUGGAGUGGACCGGCUGGAUUGGGCGCGAGUCCUUAUGGACACUUGGGAGCGGGUAAUGGGAGCAAUGUGCAGAGCGCGGCGAGCUCCACUCAGAACCUCGUUUACGCCGAAGGUCAGUCGGAGCUCGAUGGCGGCUAUGAUACGGAGCCGAGAGACUCUGGUUGUGCUGACUCGGAUGGGUGGAUCGAUCACACAGGCGAUUUCAUCAAACCCCCUUCGAACGCGUUUACGCGCACCGUGUUCGCCAUCUAUGACUCGAGCUUCCUCGUCCGUUGGAUCAUCUACAUCAUCCCGCUUCUGGCCCUCAUCUGUGCGUAUGAACCAAAUUAGACUCGAGCGCCUGACGUGGGAAACUAAGUUGUUUUCUUGGAAUUCGCGCAGGGAUCCCGGGUAUUGUGGGCUUGACCGUCGCUCCGAACGCGACAAUCUGGGAAGUGCCGCUCCUGUGGUGGUCGGCUUGGCUUUCGAUCGCUUGGUGCGGAUGGUGGGGAGCCGCAUUGAGUGAGUCGUUGCUACUUUCCUGUGUGAUGGUGUUUCCGUCACACUGACCGAUUCCUCGCCUCCCGUAGCCGCCAGGAUUUUGCCCCACUUCUUCCGUCACACGGUCGGUGUCAUUGCCCCGGAAAUGUUGCACCUCGUUACCUAUCUGAAAGCGAUCAAGUUCUACGUCGGUACCGCGCUCUGGGCAAUGGGUGAGUUCUGCCACUGCAUGCGCGCUUCCAUACCCGGGAUGGGCGUACUGAUGCGACACGCGCCUGAAUGCAGCCAACUGGGUCUCGUUCUUGCCCCUGAUCCGCCUCCAUGCCAGGAGCUCGAAUUCGGACUCGACCCUCAUCCUGUUGACCAAGGGCCUCUUUGGCAUCUUCAUCGUCUCCAUCAUCCUCCUCAUCGAGAAGCUUCUCAUUCAGAUCAUCGCCCACAGCUUCCACAAGAAAUCGUACGAGGACCGCAUCCUCGAGCAGAAAUUCCAAAUUUCGGCCCUCGUCGCUCUGUACCUCAAUACGCGCGACCUUGGUCGAUCGGACACUCUCGACGGCGGAUUCUCGGGUUCUGGACGUCCUCGGAACCGUCGACAGCACAGCGAUCCGACACUGUUGGUCAAACACGCGCUGCGAGGGGUCAAGAAGGUCGCGCAGACGGCGACGACGGUCAUCGGUACCGUAGCGUCAGAGAUUGCGGGCGAACAGGUCCUCAAACCAACGUCGGCGCAGUCGAUGGUCCUCUCGUCGCUGGGCUCGGCGAAUAAGAGCAAGCAACUCGCACGCCGAAUCUACUACUCGUUUUGCCCCUCGUACCGUGACUCGCUCUUGAUCGAGGACGUGUCGCGCUGCUUCCAGAAUCGCGAGCAAGCUGAGCGCGCAUUCUCGAUCUUUGAUCGCGACGGGAACGGCGACGCGACGCGUGACGAGAUCGAGAUGGCCGUCCUGGACAUCCACCGUGAACGUUUGUCCUUGUCCCGCUCAAUGCGCGACAUCGACUCGGCCGUCGGUCGCCUCGACAGCAUCGUCAUGUCGCUGUGGUACGUCGUCUCGAUCCUCAUCCUCGCCGGUCUGCUCAACGCGAGCUUCAACACCAUGAUCGCGAGCGCGGGUACGCUUGUCUUGGGUCUCAGUUGGCUGAUCGGCACGACUGCGCAAGAGAUCCUCGCUUCCAUCAUCCUGUUGUUCGUCAAGCACCCUUACGACGUCGGAGAUCGCGUCGACAUUGAUGGCGUCCCUUACGUCGUGUUGGAGAUGCACCUCUUGUCGACCGUGUUCCGCAACACUAAUGGUACCGUCACGCAAGCGCCUCACUCGCUCAUCAACACCAAGUUCAUCCUCAACAUCCGUCGCAGCGGGGCGAUUAGCGAGCCCUUCGUCUGGGAUGUCGCGUUCGAGACCCCUUUCGAAAAGAUUGAGCAAUUGCGCGCUCGCAUGCUCGCCUUCGUCGAAGCCGAACGUCGCGAUUUCCUCCCCAAGGUCGACAUCAUGAUCAAAGAUUUCGAGGAACAGGGCAAGCUGACCCUCACGACCGAUAUAAACUACCGUGGCAAUUGGCAGAACGGGGCGUUGAAGGCGCAGAGAAGAAACAAGUUCUUGUGCGCGAUGAAGAUGGCCAUGGCUGAAUUGAAGAUCUACGGACCUGGCGAUAAUGGGGACCCUUCGCCACCUCCUCCUGAUCCGACCAAGAUCAUCAUGGUCCCUUUCGUUGACCCGGGCCACGAGGAACAUGUCGAGGCUACGACGGUGGGUCAGGAGGACACGGCCAAGACUUCAGCGACGAAUUUGGCGAGCAAGGCCAACAACGUCGCGAUGGAGUUGACGAACCGAAGAGGAAUUGUCGAUGACGAAGGAGAUGAUUACGAUACGAGGGAUCGUGAUGGCGUGAGGAACGAGUUGAGGAAGUAG